GGUAGGUAAUUAUUUAACCUGCUUUACAGCAGAAGAAACAGAUUAGAGAGGUCGGGAGGCCUUCUCCAGGCUGCAUGGGAGGUUACAGGCAAAAGUUGGACUCUAGUCCAGAAGCCUGCACUUCCACCCACCAUGCUCUGUGCACUGCUUAUUAACAUUUACUUGCUAGAAUAUAAGGCAUCCUAGUAUUUUAGGUGGGGUCUUAAAUGAAACUCAUACUUGAGAUGGGUUUUUAACGAGGUGCCUCUCAGAUCCCUCCCUCACACCCUGAAUUGGCAUCCAGGCUGCCAAAGCCCUCUGCACACAUAUCUGUGUACAGGUCAUCUCCCCACCCUGACGCCUUCCACCCCAUGGUGCUGUUACUUAUGGAAUUCAGAAGGCAGCUACUGCUUUGUUUUCUGUCUUCCCGAUAGCUCUAGGAACCUUGAAGAGUACCUACCUGCUACUUACACAUCAUCUUGUUCUCAAAUCAAAUGUGGAGCAUAAUUGUUAUCAUACAAUUUUAACUGCUAGGGUCACCUAGUUCUACAGUUCAAAUUAAACAUUAGCUCAUAUUGCCUCUAGGUUUAAAACUAAUGUACCCAGAAGAAAUUUACUAAGGGCCAGCAAUGUUGAAAUAGCUUAAGUGCAAACAGAGGGGUCCUGUGUACUGGCAAUGACAAGGCGAUGUUGUCUAAAGUCCCUAUUUGAUUCCUCAUUUGUCCAUCCCUUCCCAGUGGCCUUUUCCUCUCUGAACUUUCAAGUCUUGUGCCUAAGCACUUCAGUUCACUCCUUGUUAAAUGCCGUUGAUUGGCUAUGCAUAUGUAACAUCCCUUGCUUCAUUCCAGAAGAGGUUACUUCAAUACUGUUUUAAUUCUCUGAAGGGAUGAUGUUUGACUGGUCAUCAGUUAGCAGAACUCAAGCUUUGGAGCACCAGAAUGUGUGCCAGAAAAAUUUUUUUGAAAUGCUUGUAUAAUGAACUCAGAGAGGGGUUUGGUCACCAGAAUUGUUAGGUGGGGCUAUUGCCUCCUAACUUUUGCUUCCCACAGUCCAAGCUUUGAUGCACAAGGUUAUGGUUGAUUACUUUUUAUUGCAUUCUAGUGGGAACUGGUUUCUCCACCCAUCCUCAUUCUCUGUGGUCUCAAUUCCCCAUUGUUCCUUGGGUCUGAGGAUGCAGCUGGAUCUGAGAGUGUGAGACGCUGUCAUUUAGUACAUGAACUAAAGAUAUAAUCCUGUUUACUACUUUUUUUGGUCAAAGCAAAAAUAAUGCAAGAGUUAUGUGAACACGAUAUUUAUUACAUGUAUAGAACUGAAUAUGUAGAUGUUUAUCAUCUGGAAGCUUUGGGAAACUGGACUUUGAUAAUUUCCAUGUAAUGAAUCCAUUUCUCAAAAGCAUUUUUUUCUAAACACACACACACACACACACACACACACACACACACACACACACUGUUCUCUGUAACCUCCCCAGAUAGAUACUUUUUAAAGACCUUGCUUGUUAAAAUGCCUGCCAGCCUUUUAGAGAAGUUGACAGUUUAGGUGGUUUCUGUUAGCAGAAACACGUGGACUCAAAGCUUUUCCUCUAAAAUGAAUCUGUUGUGUAACACCACAGCUGGCUGAGAAUACAGGUGCCUGCUCCUGCUCUCCCUGAGAAGGUAGAAGGGGAAGAGACCAAUCCAGAUGAGAUGCAGGGGAGGAGGGGACACCCAACAGCAAAGGCACUGUUGCAAUCUUAGCCUAAAUCAUAUCUCUGAGACAGUUUCUUAUUGCCUGCUUGUAUCUCUGGGUGACCACAGACCCCCUGCUCUCCAAGGUGAGUUGUGAACUCUGGAGCACUACCGAGAUUGGCUGAGAGCUGAAGGAGAGUCCCAAAGGAGCUUCAAUUCUGCAGAACUCUACAGCCUUCUUUACCUUACCUUGACCAGGUGCUUAGAGUUUGGAAAGUCAGGGGUAAGAAUUGGAAUUCCUCCAGGUAAGAAGACCCCCCUUUUAGGAAAUGGACUCCUCCAAUUUUCUCACAUGAUUAUUCAGGCACUUUCGCUUUUCCAUAUAUAGGAGUCGCUCAGGAGCAAGCUGUGGCAAGCUGGAGGGUGGGACACAUCCUGAGUUCCAUCCGAUCCCUCCCUUCUCAGCAGUCCUCGCCCGUUCUCACGUGCUCACAGGCAGUUAGGCAGAAGUGAUCCCCGUGGCUCUGCCAAAGACAAGCCUGUUGAGUUGCAAGAAGAAGAAGAAGAAGAAGAAGAAGAAAACUCAGGCAAAGUCACAGCCUUAAAAUUGUUCCCUGGAAGAAGCGUGAGUGGAGAAGUGUGAGAAGAUGAAUGGACCAGUGGAUGGCUUGUGUGACCACUCUCUAAGUGAAGAAGGAGCCUUCAUGUUCACGUCGGAGUCUGUGGGAGAGGGACACCCAGAUAAGAUCUGUGACCAGAUCAGUGACGCAGUGCUGGAUGCCCACCUCAAGCAAGACCCCAAUGCCAAGGUGGCCUGUGAGACGGUGUGCAAGACUGGCAUGGUGCUGCUGUGUGGCGAGAUCACUUCAAUGGCCAUGGUGGAUUACCAGCGAGUGGUGAGGGACACCAUCAAGCACAUCGGCUAUGAUGACUCGGCCAAGGGCUUUGACUUCAAGACUUGCAACGUGCUGGUGGCUUUGGAGCAGCAAUCCCCGGAUAUUGCCCAGUGCGUCCAUCUGGACAGAAACGAGGAGGAUGUCGGGGCAGGAGAUCAGGGUUUGAUGUUUGGCUACGCCACCGACGAGACAGAGGAGUGCAUGCCCCUCACCAUCAUCCUUGCCCACAAGCUCAACGCCCGGAUGGCGGACCUCAGGCGCUCCGGCCUCCUCCCCUGGCUGCGGCCUGACUCUAAGACUCAGGUGACAGUUCAGUACAUGCAGGACAAUGGCGCAGUCAUCCCCGUGCGCAUCCACACCAUCGUCAUCUCCGUGCAGCACAACGAAGACAUCACGCUGGAGGAGAUGCGCAGGGCCCUGAAGGAGCAGGUCAUCAGGGCCGUAGUGCCGGCCAAGUACCUGGACAAAGACACCAUCUACCACCUGCAGCCCAGUGGGCGGUUUGUCAUUGGAGGUCCCCAGGGGGAUGCGGGUGUCACUGGCCGUAAGAUUAUUGUGGACACCUAUGGUGGCUGGGGGGCUCAUGGUGGUGGGGCCUUCUCUGGGAAGGACUACACCAAGGUGGACCGCUCAGCUGCAUACGCUGCCCGCUGGGUGGCUAAGUCUCUGGUGAAGGCGGGGCUCUGCCGGAGAGUGCUCGUCCAGGUUUCCUAUGCCAUUGGUGUGGCCGAGCCGCUGUCCAUUUCCAUCUUCACCUAUGGAACCUCUCAGAAGACAGAGCAAGAGCUGCUGGAUGUGGUGCGUAAGAACUUCGACCUCCGGCCAGGUGUCAUUGUCAGGGAUUUGGACUUGAAGAAGCCCAUCUACCAGAAGACAGCAUGCUACGGCCAUUUCGGAAGAAGCGAGUUCCCAUGGGAGGUUCCCAAGAAGCUUGUGUUUUAGAGCCGGGGGGAGCUGGGCCUGGUCUCACCCUGGAGGCGCCUGGUGGCCAUGCUUCUCUUCCCCAGAGCCCUGGCUGCUGAUCGCCUUCCCCACCCACCAACCCUCGGAGCAAAGCCAGGUUCCUCUGAUUUAGCCUGUUCUGUCAUCAUCAUGGCCGGCUGGAGGCAGGGGCUUCCUGGUGCUGGAGGUUGGCUCUUGAGGAGAGGAUGGGCAUGGUGUUCUACUGCUCCAUCAGACUGGGGCAAUGUUAAUUUAGUGGAAAAGGCACCCCAUCAAGAGUGAAUUCCCUCACUCGCCUCCCCCAACAGCUGGACCCUGACCAGCUCCCCCUCUCUCCCUUUGUCUGUGCCAGGUGAGGUCAGCACAUCUCACAGACCUCAGGGCUCCUUGUGGACCUGGGCUCCUGGGCCUCCCUUUCACAGGCAGCCAGCGCCCUGAGCCAGGGUCUCCAGAAAGCCCCUUCCAGGCCAGGCAUGUGGCAGGGGUUAGAGCAGGACUAAUGUCUCCUAAGCACCUGUAGUGUGCGAGGGACCCAGCUAAUGACUGGGUCAUUUUUUCUUCACUGCAACAUGAUGAGGUAGUACCUUUUAUUAUCCCAUUUAUAGAUGGGGGAGAGCAAAACACAGAGUCUGGAUAACUUCCACAGGGUCCCACAGCCACGUGUUUAGGCCUAGAUGUAUAACUAGGAGCUUUGACUCAGGAGUCUGUAACACACCCCCUCCCCCACCGUUGUCACAUGCCAGUAACAGGCUUGAACAAUGACAAAGCAGAUUCAGAAAUGAGGCCAUGGACUCUGUCCUGAAGGCCCAAGGUUACUGGAAAUGAGGGGAUUAACCCACCAGCUCUUGUUCAGCCCUGGGAAAUUGUCUGAAAAAUGAAGAUGGAACCAUAGGGCUAUUUUGUUUGCUUCAUGUGUCCCAGAAGAUGGUUGAGGGUAAGCUGGAUACCUGGACCAUCAGCAUGGGCUAGAGUUUGGGAUUAACCAGCAGCUCUAGAAUCCCAGCCCCCUGACCUCUCAGAGACAUGCAAUGAUUGGGUUUUUGGACUUCUGGGGUAAGUGGUCUGAGUCCAGUCCAGUCCUAUCUGGGCUUCCUGUAGCAGAAGCAGCAACUUGUCCUAGCACAGAUGGCCAGCCCCUUAUACAGAGGCCCUCAGGUCUUUCUUUUUCCCUGGUCCCUUGUAUCCUCUGCAGGCUGAGUGCGUUUGGAGGGAGGGAGGGGCCCUUCGGAUGCCCCAUCCAGGGAGGCUGGUCCUAAGGCCUCACGUUAAAUAGGCGGGGCUUGCCUUCUGAUGUUGGACAAGCUUCUGAGAUGUCACGAGGAGAUUCUGCCUUUGCCUGGUGACUCUCUGGGGAGCAGAUCUGCUCCCAAGGGGCCUGAGCAGUCCUUGGCCCGCUAGGGUCUUGGAACUCACCUGCCUUUCUAUCCAUGGCCAGCAGCACCUGCCCCACCUGCCCCACUUGUCCUUAGCCUGGACCUCUGAUAGCAGCAUCUCUACCUUCUCCCCAGCUCCCAGGACCACAGGCUCAGGCAGGGGCUUCCAUGGGCCCCAGGGAAACAGUGGGGACUCGGCCUCUCUCUAGGGUGCAUGGUGCUGGUUCAGGCUGGGAGAGGCAGCCCAGGAAGUCUCAUCUGGGGAGCAGGCAGCCUGCAUCUGGGUCUUGGCUUGGAGCACAAAGACCCUGGCUUUCAUUUUCUCUCAGAUGAACGGAAAUUAAGGCAACAGAAGAAGCCCGGCUCCUGGUCACCUAGGAAGCCUCAAAUUCCUUCCCGUGGAGGGAGGGAGAGGUUUGCAGGUGACCGAGUUCCUCUAACUUGGAUCAUACUCGACAUGAAAAUUCAGAAUUUUAUACUUUCCCUGCCCUCUAGAGAAAUAAGAUAUUUUUUGUCAAUUUGUUUGUUUGAAACUAAAGCCUUUAUUUGUUAAUAGUUCCUGCUAAAACAGUGAAUAAAAACUCCAGGAGCAACUA